AUGCGAGUGAGUGAGAGUGCCCACCCACCACCCCCUGGCAGGUCCAACCCUCGCGCCCAACCUCUUCUCUUCCACCGUCGGCCUCUUGGUUGGGCCCCUAGCAGGCCUCCUACUCCUCGCCCCUGGGCACGACGUCCCUGUCCCAGCCCAAGGCCUCGCCACGCCCCCGCCCGCAUCCCUACCCACCACCACUGCCACCACCACCAUCAUCAUCACCCGCGCCCACAUGGCCCUCCAUGGUCAGCGCCGCUGCCGUUAGCCGAACACGCUACCUGGGCACAUGUGACAGACAGACACGCCCGAUGUGCAAAACGACUUUUGCCUCUAAGGUGUUGUCGUCGCUCGCUUCCUCGCGCGUCGUCGUCGUGGUCGUCGUCGCCGUCGCUCGUACUCCCGGCGAAGAGGGAGGAUUACAAUGUCCCUCGAGACCGAAAGUGCAUCAUCGUCUUAGCAGGGUUCUCGUUGUUGCCUGACUUCGUGGAAAAUCAUGAAAGAGGAGUCGAAGUAGACCAGCAGAAGUGUGAUUGA